ACAAGAUAUGAAAAUGUUUCUCUGGAGUAAAAAAUUGUCACUAGUUAUGCAUUGUAGUACAGUGCUGCAAUGAUUUGAAAGACACAAAGACAAAAUCAGAGGCAGAGCAAUUUCAACAGCAGUUUCAACCAUCUGAUCUCUUCUGUAACAUCAUGGAAGGAUUAACAGUACGAUUCUCACAACUAAAGGAUAAGGCAGGUGAAGUGGUCCUACAACCUGGAAGAGAUGACAAACCACAGAGCAGCAUGUCAGACAUGAGGAUUGCUGUACUGGGAAAAACUGGAGCUGGGAAAAGCAGUCUGUGCAACACCAUGUCUGGAAGAGAUGUGUUCAAGAUAAACCAUACUGCAAACUCUGAAACAACACAAUGUCAGAGGAUAAGCAGAUCUGUUAAUGGAAGAAGCAUCACUUUGAUCGACACGCCUGGUUUUUUUGACACAGGAAGGCCUAGGGAGGAGAUGAGGUCUGAGAUAGUGAGGUGUAUCACAGAGUGUGCUCCUGGGCCUCAUGCUUUUCUAAUUGUGCUCAAACUGGAAAAAUUCACGGAGCAUGAGAACCAAGUUAUUGCCAGAAUAAAGCAGGAUUUUUCUGAGGAAGCUUUGAAAUACGCUGCAGUUGUCUUCACUCAUGGUGACCAGCUCCCUGAAGGAAUGAAGAUUGAGGAAUUUUUCCGAGAGAAUAAAGGUCUCUGUGAUCUCUUGGAGAAGUGUGGGAACCGGUAUCAUGUCAUUGACAAUAAAUACUGGAAGAACCAGCAGGAUGAAUACAGGAGCAACAAGUUCCAGGUGGCAGAGCUGCUCAACACCAUAGACAAGAUAACUGAGCAAAACAAAGGAGGCUGCUACACUAAUGAGAUGCUGCAAGCAGUGGAGAGAAAAAUACAACAAGAGGAGAAGAACAUCAGACUAUCAUCAGCGAACAUGUCGGGGGAAGAGAUCAGACAGAAGGCGAAGAGAAAUGUCUCAGAUCGUCUUAAGAAAGCAGCUGGUAUUACCACAGGAGCACUGUUGGGAGCUUUGCUUGGUGUGCCAGUGAUGAUUUCAUGUGUUGUCGCAGCCGUGACAGGAGUGGCAGCAGCAGCAGCAGUGGAGACAGCAGUGACAGCAGGAGGAGCUGUAACAGCUGGAAUUGGGUUAGGUAUAGGUGCAGUAUUUACUGCAGUAGGAGGAGCAGUAGUAGGAGGCUGUAUAGGAGGUGAUGAAGCUGAUCAAGCAGGCUCAGCAAGAGAGGCAGCAGAGAACACAGUUAAGGCUGUCUGGGACACUGCUAAAAGCUUGGUUAAUAACAAAAAGCAACAGCUAAGUGUGGAGGAACAGCUUUGUCUGAAAAACAAAUAGACAGCAUUUGGGAUUUGUGCUAUUGGUACAUCAAAGAAACACACAUCUCUCA